CUGCUGCUGAUCGUCGCUCUGUGCUGCGGAGCUCGCAGAGGUCAGUGCCAGGUGGCCUCCACUCAGUGUCGAAUCCAGAAGUGCACCACUGACUUCGUCUCCCUGACCUCCCACCUGACGCCUGCCGUGGAUGGCUUUCACGCGGAGUUCUGCAAGGCUCUGCGCUCGUACUCGGCCUGCACUCAGAAGACAGCCAAGGCCUGCCGGGGAAACCUGGUCUUCCACUCGGCCGUGCUCGGCAUCUCGGACCUCAUGAGCCAGAGGAACUGCUCCAGAGACGGGCCGACGUCCUCCACGCAGCCCGAGAUCCACCCUGAACCCUGCAACUACCACAGCCGUACCCAGCACGCCCACACACACACACACUCCCACGGGCACACACACUCACACCCUCACAGCCACAGCCACACUCAGCCUGCGUACUUGUUCUGUGGGCUGUUUGGAGACCCGCACUUAAGGACAUUCAAGGACAGCUUUCAGACUUGUAAGGUGGAGGGGGCGUGGCCUCUGAUCGAUAAUCACUACCUGUUGGUGCAGGUCACUAACGUUCCUGUGGUUCCUGGCUCCAGUGCUACAGCCACCAAUAAGAUCACCAUAAUCUUCAAGCCUUAUGAGGGCUGCACGGACCAAAGGGUCUACCAGGCUGUCACAGACAACCUCCCCGCUGCCUUCGAUGACGGGACGGUUAGCAGCGGCGACCCCAUCCACGCCUCCGUCAGUGCAGACGGUGCAGCAGGGAAGGUCCGGGCUCUGUGGAUCUCCGAGCGCAGCCCCGGGCGCCACGUGGAACUGUACGCCGGCUACAUCGGCGUGACUAUAAUCGUCCGCCAGCUGGGGCGYUACCUGACGUUAGCGGUGCGGAUCCCAGAGGAGCUGGCUCAGGACUAUGACGACACCCAGGACCUUCAGCUCUGUCUGAACGGCUGCCCCGGCAGCGAACGCAUCGACCAGGCGGGACACCUCCCGCUGCCGCUGUCUCCUCCCGCGCUUGGCCUCCAGCGCCAGCACCUGCGUCGGCCCAGCUACUCGCCGCAGACACAGGCGUACCCUCGCGGCGCCGUGCAGGUUUUCGGUGUAGAGRGGGCGAAGGAGCGCUGCGGGGAGCAGUUGGAGGUGCCGGACAUUUACUUCCACUCUUGUGUGUUUGACCUCCUGACCACUGGGGACGCUAACUUCACGGUGGCUGCGUACAGCGCCCAGAAGGACAUGGAGAGCCUCCACCCGCACCGGGAUCGGUGGAGGAUCUACCCCCGUGGAUCCGCCUGGUCCGUCUUCCACUCUGACUCUGAGUCUGUGGAACAGCUCAUUCUGCUCCUGCUGUGUGCUCUGAGGGCUGUUGUCCUGUAGGGACAGCAGUGCUUCUGUGUGUCUGGAUGCAUGUAGGCCUGUGUUUGUGUGUGCACUAGAAUGAGAGUUUAGAGAGUUUUUUUUUUGUACUUUUUGCUGAGCACUGAUAUUGAGCACUGAUGUCUUUCUCCUGCAGAGAGGAAACAGCAGGCUAGACAAUUACUAUGAACUGGAAGUCUUUUAAAGGAGGCGAUAAGYCCCCUUAGUAUGCACAGAGAGACGAUCAACACUCGCAGCAUUUUAUCUGGCAGAGUCAGAAUGCAACUGACAAUGAGACGAUUGCUUUGAUUUGGGUGAAUCAACUGUAAAUAGUUCAUUUUUCUCUUCAGUGCACAGUGUAAUGAUGUAGUUUGUUUUGGUUUGUGUCAUUUGGUGUGAUUUUUUUUAAAUGCCUCAAACCAAGGAUUUUAUUUUAUUUUAUUUUAUUUUAACAAAAGCACUUUAUUUUAACUUUUUUCACACACAGUGCCAGUCAGUGUUUCUUUAUUCACGUGCUGUUUUUUCCACCAAAACCAAGAAGUUUCGUCAAUAUUUCGUCAGCUGGAUGGCAGGAGCUGCAUUUCUGUUAAACGCGUCAUUCUUCCAGCUGCGGAYCUGACUCAGUGUCUCAUUUUACGUCGGUCAAUGUGAGUUUUUCUGUUGAAUGUAUUAGGUAUAUUGUUGCAGCAAAUGCCAUCAAGUACUACUUUCUUUAAAAAAAAAAGAUGUCAGCUGUGUGUGCAGAUGUGUUUAGAUAUGUUUCCUUUAAACUAACUGAAGAAUGUGGGUUYGUUUCAUCAGAGGUAUUCUCAUCGUUUUGUCAAAAUGUGAUGACCAAACUGUCAUGUUUUGUACUCACUGUAUUUUUUUGUUAUUAUUUGAGCCAAAGACAAACAAUGUAUGAGUUUUUAUUACAAGAAAAAUCAAAACUCACCACCAAACCAGCACCCCUAUUCUCUUCUUUUGUGAACUAGUUUUCUCAUUCGGACAGGUACUUCUUAUUUUGAUCUUUGUACGAUACUGAAGCAGAGAAAAAACUUUGAUAUGCUGUGCUGCUGUAUGAUUUGUACGCACAGUGUUGGGAGAAUUUGAUGCCUGGCAGGAAUUUCAACCCUUUCAAACAUGUAAUAUUCUGUAUAUUUACGCCCAGUUUGUUGAAUCGGCUUAWUCUUAAUUUGUUUGUGUGAUAUUUUUCAUCAUGUGAGUGUCGGUUUGGUGAAGAGUGACUGGUCAGUGUUGAAGUACCUAACUUAUUUAUGAACGUAGUGUCCUGUAGAGGAAGUUAAGCUCCAUAUUCUUGCUGUUGGUUAAUUAUUUAAAAAAUGUCAGCUGUGAUUGUACUGCCACCUAGUGGUGCUCUCUUGCUAUGUUGGUGUGUUACUAAAGGCGCUGAAUAACAAAGAAAAUGGAGGAAACCAA